AUGGAGUUUCUUGGAACCACCCAGACCGCCAGUUACUGUGGCCCCAAGAAAGCCUGUGGCUUCAGUGCCCUGCCCCCGGCCGUGCCGGCCCCGGAGAUCCAGGAAUGUUACCAGCCCUAUUACCUGCCUGGGUACCGCUACCUCAACUCAUGGAGACCCAGCCUCUUCUACAAGAUCUCCAAUGCCCAAACCUGCAUGGAUGAGGGAGCGAUGUGCCGCAGCGCCCUGAGGCCACCCACCAUCCUGCCCGCGCUCCGCUCCGCUCUCUUCUGUCGCUACAGCCCCCACGACUGGGACAGGUCCAAUGAGCUGCAGAUGCGCGGGGCCGAGGCCUCAAGGCUGUGGGCCAGCCGGCUGACCGGCGACUCCAUGCGGCUCAUGCAGGACAAGGACCAGCUGACCCGCCAGAUGCAGGAGGGGACCAGCUGGAACCUGGGCCAGAGGCUGUCCGACAUUGGCUUCUGGAAGUCUGAGCUGGGCUACGAGCUGGAGAGGCUCCUAAACGAGAACCGCAGCUUGGAGACAGUCAAGAGGCGGCUGGAGUGUGUGGCCGAGGAGCUCAACUGUCCGCUGCAGGUUGCUCUGGAGUGUCUGUACCAUCGAGAGAAAAGGAUCGGGAUCGAUUUGGUCCAUGACAAUGUGGAGAAAAACCUUAUCCGGGAAGUAGAUUUGCUAAAAUGUUGCCAAGAACAGAUGAGAAAACUAGCUCAAAGAAUUGAUAUCCAGAUGCGGUCUCCGUGA